CCGGGUAGGUCACGUGACACGACGCAGGCCCGCAAAAACUGCGCAGUCACUGCGCGCGCUUGACGCUCAAAAUUACAGCACGUUUGAAGAUGGCGGCCACCAUUGCAAGACUCCUUCGGACUUCUGCAACUAGAGCAGCAGUGAGUGCACUGAGGACUGGGACCUCAGGAACUGGGAUCGGAGCUGGGGGAUCGAGAGCCUGCUUCUCUAUCAGUACUGCUAAAUGGGCUGCUGCGGUUACCCAGCCUGCUCCACACUUCAAGGGUACAGCUGUCCACAAUGGAGAGUUCAAAGACAUCAGCCUUGAUAACUACAAGGGCAAAUACCUGGUCCUGUUUUUCUACCCGCUCGAUUUUACUUUUGUCUGCCCUACGGAAAUCAUCGCAUUCAGUGACAAGGCUAAUGAAUUCCAUGAUAUUAACUGUGAGGUGGUGGGUGUGUCCGUGGACUCCCACUUCACUCACCUGGCCUGGACCAACACAUCUCGAAAGAAUGGAGGGCUGGGAAACAUCCACAUCCCCUUGCUGGCUGAUCUCAACAAGAAGGUCGCCAGGGACUACGGAGUCCUACUGGAGGAACCUGGAAUAGCACUGAGAGGGCUGUUUAUCAUCGACCCCAAUGGCGUCAUCAAACACAUGAGCAUUAACGACCUUCCGGUGGGCCGCUCCGUCGAAGAGACGCUGCGCCUCGUUAAGGCUUUCCAGUUUGUGGAGAGCCAUGGAGAGGUUUGCCCGGCUAGCUGGACUCCAAAAUCACCCACGAUAAAGCCAACUCCAGAGGGGUCCAAGGAAUACUUUGAAAAAGUCAACUAAAAGAGUGUAACUAGAUACUAGAUAAGAGUGUACAGAUACUCUUUAGCAGAUACUAUUUAGCUUGACUUUGAAUUGCACUACCUGAAUACAUCAACAGAAACUGAUUUCAGUGAUCGGUAUAAAACACAAGCUCAUUUAGUGUUGUUGCUGUGAUUACAAAUAAAAAGUGACGCUGCCUGGUGUUGG